CCUGUGCUGUUUUCAUGACAAAAAAUAUUUGAAUGUUUUUGUGUGUUUGUGAGGAGAGUGAUUUUCAAUGAAGAGUUCUCCGUUUGGGUUGCUGCUUUUAAGCUUUUUCUACUUUAGUGACUACUCUCUAGCCUCCGCUUCACGUUCCAUCGAGAUGAUGUCCUCGCUGGUGAAGCCGGGUGUCUUCCGGCAUCUCAUGUGCCGCAACAACAUGUAUCCUCGCAGCGGUGUCCUCCGAUUUCCGGUUUCCGAUGAGCAUGUAUUUUGGUCAGAACCCUAUCCAGACUACUGUCCAAUUGACUAUACCUCGCCGCAUAUCGGCGGACAAGUCUGGGCCGAUCCGCCACUGCCCAGUGAGACCUUUCAUCCGCAGUGGAAUAAGUUGGAUGGACAGGUGAACCGAGUGUCCUUCCACGGCAAUUAUGAGAUUAAAAACGGCCUGCCUCUUAACCCCAUCGGACGCACUGGCCUGACAGGACGUGGCUCGUUGGGCAGAUGGGGUCCCAACCAUGCUGCGGAUCCCAUUGUAACCCGCUGGAAAAGGGAUGCCAACGGGGACAUCGUUAGAAACUCAACCACCGGAAAAAACAUCAUCCAAAUGGUUGCCAUUCAGCGAUCCGAUAACAAGUUAUGGGCCAUUCCCGGAGGAAUGGUCGAUCCUGGCGAGAAUGUAAGCGUGACUCUCAAGCGUGAGUUUACCGAGGAGGCCCUGAACUUCACGGACAAGUCCAACAUGGUGGAGCAGUUCUUCCGCGAAGGUGUCCACGUCUACAGCGGAUAUGUGGAUGACUUUCGUAAUACGGAUAAUUCCUGGAUGGAGACCACAGCUCUAAAUUUCCACGACGACGAUGGAUCCCAGGUGGGGCAGCUGGAACUGGUGGCUGGAGAUGAUGCUACCAAUGUGCGCUGGACGGAUGUGGAUUCCAAUCUGAAACUGCAUGCCAAUCAUGCGGAUAUUGUCCAGGAAGUGGUCAUCAAACGGGAUGCGCACUGGUAGACUUU